AUGGCUGGUGACCUCACCUUUGGGGUCUUGGUCCGAAAGCAGUUUACUGCUCCCAAGUUGCUCUUCCACUUCCUCUUCUGGACCUUCCAUUGGGGCAUUUUUGCCUAUGGAUGGUGGAAACAAGCCGCGGACGCGAGACUGGCGGGUUUGAACACCCUGCAGUACUCCGUCUGGAUUUCAAGAGGUGCUGGGUUGGUUCUCAGUGUUGACGGGAUGCUUAUCCUGCUUCCCGUUUGCCGAACCGUCAUGCGAUGGCUUCGGCCCAAACUCCGCUUCCUUCCCCUCGACGAGAACCUUUGGCUUCACAGGCAGCUGGCGUACUCGAUGCUGGGCUUCACAAUUCUACACACCUCUGCCCAUUACAUCAACUUCUUCAACGUCGAGCGAACGCAGAUUCGACCAGUGACGGCCAUCCAGAUUCACUACGCCCAAGCUGGCGGUGUCACCGGCCAUACCAUGUUGCUAUGCAUGCUUCUGAUGUAUACGACUGCCCACGCCCGCAUUCGCCAGCAGUCUUUCGAGACGUUCUGGUACACUCACCACCUGUUCAUCCCCUUCUUCUUGGGCCUGUACACUCACACCGUCGGCUGCUUCGUGCGUGACACUGCCGAGUCGUAUUCUCCCUUCGCCGGAAAGGACUACUGGGACCACUGCAUCGGUUAUCUUGGUUGGAGAUGGGAGCUCUGGACGGGUGCUUUCUACCUCAUUGAGCGUACCUACCGCGAGGUUCGCGCUCGUCGCCGCACCAAGAUCACCCGUGUUGUUCGCCACCCCUACGAUGUUGUUGAGCUCCAGUUCAACAAGCCCUCGUUCAAGUACAAGGCUGGGCAGUGGCUCUUCCUUCAGGUUCCGUCGCUCUCGAACUACCAGUGGCACCCGUUCACCAUUACCUCCUGUCCGUUUGAUCCUUACGUCUCCGUCCAUGUCCGUCAGGUCGGUGACUUCACACGGGCUCUCGGUGACGCUGUUGGCGCUGGAUCUGCCCAGGCCAAGCUCUACGAUGGUGUUGACCCCAUGGGCAUGUAUGAGGUCGCUCUUCAAAACGGCCAACAAAUGCCCGACCUCCGCAUCGAUGGACCCUAUGGAGCACCCGCCGAAGAUGUUUUCGAGAACGAAAUUGCCGUCCUUAUCGGUACCGGUAUUGGUGUCACCCCCUGGGCCUCGAUUCUGAAGAACAUCUGGCAUUUGCGCAACAGCCCGAACCCGCCUACGCGCCUUCGCCGUGUCGAGUUUAUCUGGGUCUGCAAGGACACUGGCUCAUUCGAAUGGUUCCAAACCCUGCUUUCGUCUCUUGAGGAGCAGUCCAACGAGGCUGCUCGUGUUCCCGGCAGCUCUGGUGUCGAAUUCCUGAAGAUCCACACUUACCUCACCCAGAAGCUGGAUAUGGACACGACGCAGAACAUUGUGCUCAACUCGGUUGGAUCCGACCACGACCCCCUUACCGAGCUCAAGUCUCGCACCAACUUUGGCCGACCCAACUUCUCCAAGCUCUUUAGCACCAUGCGCGAUGGCAUUCUGGACAGAACAUACCUCAACGGCUUGGAGGGCAGCAUGCGCACAACUGUCGGUGUCUACUUUUGCGGUCCCUCUGUUGCUGCUCGCGAUAUCAAGAAGGCAUGCAAGGAAGCAACUGUUCGUGAAGUUAACUUCAGAUUUUGGAAGGAGCAUUUUUAA